UAUCAUCGUCCCAACCACCCGCGCGAGGCGGGCGAGUCGAAUCGAAACCGAAGCCAGAAUCUCUCUAGGGUUCGUUCCCUUCUCGCGAUCCUCCCCCACCUCUCACCUCCCGCGCCCCAGUCUCCGUCCGCCGGUUAAUCUCGAUCCCUCCCCCACCGCGGAUCGCGGAUUGGGAUACUGCGGCGACCAUGAUGUCAUCGGACGACGACCUUGAGCCGCAGCUCAAGGCGGUGGAGAAUUACUACUUCGUUGACGACAACGAUGUGCCGGUAUCCUUCGAUGUCCUGCCGUUCCAGUUCGAUGCGGCCGAGGGGGUCGCGUCGUUCAAGAAGGAUGUGUACCUGCGGGGGUUCACCGACGGCGGCCUCCAGAAAGUCUACAAGCAGGUGGUUGCCUGGAAGCUAGUCCUAGAUGGAGACUCGCCUGAGAUCGCGGUGCUUUCGACGGAGGGCAGUUGGAUUGCCCUGCUGAAGCCGAGGCCUAGCUACGAGGAGACCAUCCGGUCUGUACUGAUCACUGUCGAAAUGCUUCACUUCGUCCGAAGGAGGCCAACGGAUUCCGAGAAAGACAUGUGGGAUCACCUCUAUGGGGUUUUUGAGAGAUUUGUGGUUAGGCCCUUAGAAGAUGACUUUGCUAAUCAUCAGAAUUUAAUAAAACUCUUUGCUCAGAGGGACCCAGAUUUAGCAAAUUCACAGGUUUUGCAAGUCUUCAUCAAAGACAAGAUUAUGGAAAAGACCAAUGAGGUUGGUUCAAAUAAUCUGGAUAAUAAACGAGAGCCAGACAUUAAACAAGAGCCAGACAUUAAACAAGAGCCGGUUGCUGCUGGUGAUGAAAUGGAGGAGAUAGUUGAAGAAGGCAUUCCAGAUGCACCAAGCAAUGAUGAUGAUGAUGAUGAAGAGGAUGAGGAGGAUGGAGAUUUGUUUGAUUCAGUUUGUGCUAUCUGUGAUAAUGGAGGGGAGCUGUUAUGCUGUGAAGGUCCGUGUAUGAGGUCCUUCCAUGCAAAAAUAAGAGAUGGUGAAGAUUCUUACUGUGCAACCCUAGGGUACACAAAGGCAGAAGUCAAGGCACUAAAAAAUUUUGUGUGCAAGAAUUGUGACCAUAAGCAGCACCAAUGCUUUGUCUGUGGAGAGUUGGAGCCUUCGGAUGGGCCAAAUGCCAAGGUAUUUCUCUGUAAUAAUGCAACCUGUGGGCAUUUCUACCACCCAAGAUGUGUUGCGCAAUUGCUUCAUCCUAACAGCAGAAAUGAGGCUUCCGAAAUGGAGAAAAAGAUUAUGGCUGGGUUUUCAUUUACAUGCCCUGUACAUUGGUGCUUUCAUUGUAAAGGUCUAGAAGACAGGACUCAAGAACCACUGCAAUUUGCUGUUUGCAGACGCUGCCCAAGAUCGUAUCAUAGAAAAUGCUUGCCAAGGGAAAUUUCCUUUGAAGAUAUUAACACGCAGGGCAUCAUAACCCGUGCAUGGGAGCUUUCAAAAAGAAUUCUGAUCUACUGCUUGGACCAUGAAAUAGACCUUGAUAUUGGAACACCACCCAGAGACCAUAUAAAGUUUCCUCAUGUUGAAAAAUCAGCUUAUUCUGCAAAGAAGAAAGUCAAAGAAUUAGCUGAGAAGAAAAGACGGAUUUGUGAUGAUUCAUAUGUUUCUGAACCUUUACAGAAGCGCGCAAAGUUAAAUGAGAAGUUUAAUGCAAAAGGUGACAAAUCUAAAAAAGCUGGUGUGAAAAGUGAAUUUGAGGAAGUUCUUGAAUCUGAAAAGAAAAAAACAAGGAGCCUGAAAAAGAGAACACAGCCUGAAGAACCUUUGGUUGAGUGUGCUGCUGCUGCUGCUGCAAACAAUGCAAAUCGACCUGUGAAAGAACGAGAAAAAGAAUUAGGGACUUCAUCGUUGGAUAUGGGGAAGAUACCUCUUAGCUCUUUCCCUAUUGUGGAUAGUGAAACGGAGAAGAGGAUAUCAGCUUUGGUAGAAAAGGAGGUCUCUUCCUUAACAGUGGCUGAUAUCUCUAGAAGGUGUGUCAUUCCUUCAACUUAUGCAUGCUCUGGCCGGCAGAUUGACAAAAUUGUUGUACGAGGCAAGCUUGAGCGUUCAAUUCAGGCAGUGAAAGCUGCUUUACAAAAACUGGAAAAUGGAGGCGCUGUUGAUGACGCUAAAGCAGUAUGUGAAUCUGAAGUUUUGAGGCAGUUAACAAGAUGGCAUAAUAAGCUCAGAGUUUACCUUGCACCUUUCAUUCAUGGCAUGCGCUACACGUCUUUUGGACGCCAUUUUACAAAGAAGGAGAAGCUCAUUGAGAUUGCCGAGAAGCUUCAUUGGUAUGUGCAACCUGGAGAUAUGAUUGUGGAUUUCUCCUGUGGUACAAAUGAUUUCAGUCAAUUCAUGAAAGAAAAGCUUGAUAAAGUUGGCAAAAGAUGCAACUUCAAAAAUUAUGAUGUUAUUCAACCAAAGAACUCUUUCAGUUUUGAAAAGAGGGACUGGAUGACUGUCCGCCAAAAGGAACUGCCACAUGGAUCUAAACUGAUCAUGGGCCUUAAUCCUCCUUUCGGACCAAAAGCAAUGCUUGCAAACAAAUUCAUUGACAAGGCGUUGACCUUCAAGCCAAAGCUCAUCAUAUUAAUUGUUCCCAAGGAGGCUGAAAGGUUAGAUCGAAAGCAGCAACCUUAUGAUUUGGUAUGGGAAGAUGAUCAAAGACUUUCUGGGAAGUCAUUCUAUUUACCUGGUUCUUUGGAUGUGAGUGACAAACAAAUUGACCAAUGGAACAAAUCUCCACCCCCACUCUAUUUGUGGAGUCGCCCUGAUUGGACACAGAAGCACAAGAGAAUAGCAGAACAGCAUGGGCACACCAAAGCCAAUGUUUUCUCCCAUAAUGAAGAAGAUUUGGUUUAUCUUUUUGAGGAUAGAGCUACACAGAAUCAUGAUGUCAAUAAUAAGAACUACACAUCUGGAAACGGGAACUUCACUGCUGAGAAACCAGUACAAGCAGACGCCUUCCCUCCAGAAAAGCUAGUAGAAGUUGCAUACGAGGAAAUGAAGGUUGCUUCUAACAGAAGCAGUAUGUAUCAAUCAGAUCAAAUUAGUGUUCAUGAUGAGAGAGAUGCACAUUCUGACUUGCCGAUGUCUCGGCACAACAGUAUGAAAGCAAAAGAGGUUUCAAAUAGCUCAAGAGACAGAAGGAAAUCAGAUAAGACAGGACAUGAAGCAGAUUCCGAUAUGAGUAUCUUGCCCUCAGAUUCCAGGAAUUUUCUACACAAAUCAGGCAACCUUGAACCUCCAAUAUCAAGUAGAAGUGGAUAUACCUUGGAGAGGUUGAGAUAUCAUGAUAAUCAUUUCGAUCAUCUUGUAGGAGAGCACUCAUCAUCUAGCCUUCAGAUGCCAAUCUUUGAGGACAGCUAUUUCAGAUCUGUGAAUGAAUAUGGAGUUGCAUCUGUAGAAAAUAACAUUGCCCUUUCGACUGAUAAUGUUGGUGCCGGCUCAAGGAUGUAUAGUCCUGAUCCAGAGCUGAACGGGUAUGCUGUUGAUCCUACUGUUAAUGCUUAUGGUUCAGUAUCUGGUGGAACCGGUGGCAGCUUUUACAGGAGGCAGAACCUCGAGGAUUACACCAUGGACAGUAGUGAGUCUGCUCAGAUGAAUCCAGUUCCUGGUAGAGAUGUGCAGGAAUAUGCAAGAACAUACUAUGGACACAACAGGGAUGAGGUUCCCCAAACAGCAAUUAACACACCUUCCAUGGAUAUUCGAACACACAUAAGAAUGUACGGCAGGCACAUCAGGGAUGAUCAUACCCAAACAACCAUGAACCCACCUGCCAAUGAUAUUCGGGCACAGAUAAGAAUGUAUGGUCAACACGCUACCUCCGAUCACCAGCAUGCAAGUAGAUACUCUUCUGGGUCUCCAGAUGCUAGAUUUGAGCAGCAACCUUCUUUCACUUCAUAUGGAAUGCCUUCUUUGGGUUCGACAGGGAGGUCGAUGAUGGAUAGGUAUAGUCCCUCCAUUGAUGAAACAAGCUAUAGGACUGGCCAAAGAGGCCCAUACAAUGCUUCUGACUUUCGGAGGGAUCGGCAUCCUGAUGACAUGAAUUUUGCUCUCCAUAACCAGUAUCCAUACCCACAUCCAGGUUCCUCUGGUGGCUGGCACGACUAGUAACUGAACUUUUGAUGUUCACACAGAAUUAUGGUCUGGCAUCCUCUGGCAGAUGUAAUAUAAACAAGAUAAUAAAGAGAUGAUCUAGAGGAUGCAAAGUUUUAAAAGGUAAACCAUGUGUAGGAAUGUUUAUGUAGGUUAUACCAUUUGUCGUUCUUUGAGCUUUUGGAAUACCAAUUUUGUUUGCAUUUAAUGUACAAAAACUUACCUUUUGUUUUGAAAUGGAACCUUUUUCGUGAUAA